UACAUAGUUCUCACUGGCAUUGGAACACCAGGAAAUUUUACACCGGAUAGGUUUAAAAGUUUUAUUUAUUUAUUUAUUUUUAACAAAAGUAGUGUUAAAAUGUCAUAAAAAAGGAAUAGAAUAAACAUAGAAUAAAAAAGCUCAUAAAAAAUUUAUAGAAAUCAUGGUUGUAAAAUCCCGAUAUUCCAAAAUGCAUCAGACAAAUAAUACCACUGAACUCAUGUAAAUAUUCCAUUCUAUUCCAUAUAUAAAAUGAGUAUUAUGAGUAUUAUUUGUCUGAUAAAUUUUACUGAUUAUGACAUGCAUAAAACAUGUCCCCACAACCUGAUAUUUAUAAAAAUUGUUAUAAGAAUUAAUCAUUUUUCAUCAUGAAGAUCCUUUAUUUCACCUGCUACAAGUUCAGCAUUGCAGUUAGUAAUUUUGAAAAAAUAAUUUCAGUAAUUUUGCUCAUAUUUUCUGUCACAAUCAUAUCAGUGUUGCUCACACAAGUAAUAAAAGGGAUUUGAUUUACCAAAUUUCAUGAAAAUCCUAUUAGCUGCAGAAACAACAAAACUAAAUACUGCGUUUAAUACAUGUAACAAAAUAUGAAUUCAAUAUAAACCAGUAGUGCCAAUUCAUUCUUUCAGUAUAUUUGUCAAUAGUUAUAACAAUAGGCCUACAUAAUUUAAUUUGUCAAUAUAAAUGACACAGUUAUGUAUAUCUGACCCAUAUUUAGUGAUAAACACACAUUUAGUAAGAAUUAGUUAAUGGAAGAAGCAGGAGAUGCUGAAAUAAUCCAAAAUAAUGAUGCCUUUAUGCUUCCAUGUUGAAGCCUUUCUCUCAGACUUCAGUAAUCAGUGAUGUAACAUAUUCUUUGCUUCAGACAAACAUGUAGAAUAGAGCAGACGUCUAUCUUAUACACGUGUAGUUUUAUGCGUAAUAUAGCGCGUGCAGGAUUUUUUGCAGCUGAUGCUCGAAAUGCUGUCUAUGUAGACAGCUCACUAGUCUCUGAGACACAGCCAUUGUCUUUUGUUGUAAAUAAUUGUUCCUUUGGUUGGGUGAGGAAUAUGCGCCAUGCGGAACACUUUACGUGAACAUGAUGUUCCAGCCGAGGCCAUUUCGCGGUCGGAUCACUGUUUGUUUUGAUGGCAACAGCGGUAUUCCACAAGGCUUGCGUAUGAAUAUGACAUUUAGAAAUAUGAAUGAAAAAACAACGUGAUUAAAAGGGAAUGGACGAGGAUGAGCUUUUGGCCUUUCGAGAGCGCUGGAAACAGGAGUUAAAGACAAACCCCAAGACAUCCGGUAAAGACAAAGAGGGAUAUUUUGGGCAUCUCAGUAAAGACAGUUCAUCUGUUCACCAAAGCACUAGCUUUUGGGAGAAGCAGAGCAAUGCGUCCCAGCAAAGUCAGCCAACAGCAAAAGACCAGCCGGAGUACGUGUCGAUCGCCGAGGGUUUGUUGGACGGCAGAAGCAGUCCACUGCUGGACAGAAUCGAGCAGGAGAGAACGCGCAGGAAGCGCGCUCCCGACAGCGACGCGCUCAACACAGACGCGCGCCCCAAAAAAGAAAACAAGUGCCAGAAACUGCUUGAGCAGUUCCUUCAGGACCUGAAUGAGGUGAAUGACAUCCCAUUCUUUGAUGUGGAGUUGCCCUAUGAGCUGGCGCUAAAGAUUUUCCACUUCCUGGGCAGAACGGAUCUAGGACGAUGUGCUCAGGUGAGUAAAUCCUGGAAGGUGCUGGCUGAGGAUGAAGUCCUGUGGCAUAGAUUGUGUCUGGAGGAAGGUUAUAACAAUGGGGCAAGUAUCUCUGACUCCCCCUGCUGGAAAAGCAUGCUCAGAGACUGUCGCAACACAGAGAAUGGGGUCAAGUCAAACUGGAAGAAUCGUGUUGGAUCCAUUCGUCACCUGCAGUACGAGUUAGGAAAGGUGUUGUGUGAUGUCAGUUCCUGUGAUGGUCUUGUUAUUGCUGGCUACACUUCUGGGGAUGUCCGGCUGUGGGACACUCUUCACUGGGACAAAUCAUACCUGCACACCACACAUUCCAUCAGAGAUGAAACCCCUGCACCUUACGUUAGUCAUGUACGUGUCAAUAAGACUGUAGCUACAGCUGCUUAUGAGAAUGGGUGUGUAGAUGUGUGGAGCACUGAAACCGGUCUUGAGCCCAUUCACCAGUACCAGCACCUACGUAGGGUUCAUGCACUGGAUCUAAGUCAUGACAGUCCGGCUUUGGCCUCUGUAUCAGGACCAGAUGUGCGGGUGGACGCACCAGAUGAGAAGGGCUACUGGAGAUCAAGAUGUCUCGUUCAGUUACCGACGCCUGUAGAUGGGGUAUCGGUGGUGCCAGGGAGACGGGAUUUCCCUUUGGUCACAGUAUGGGCAGGUGAGAGUGUUUACCUGCUGGAUUCCAAAUGGAAGGAAGAACAGGAGCCAAGAAUUCUUCACUAUGUGUACGGCCAUCCAGUGACCUGUGUGGACGUGUCACCCGGCAGAGCUGCACUGGGGAUCAAGAGCUGCGGAUGGGGCAUGAAUGACGGGGGCAACAAGAUUCAGGUGUACAGCCUGGAGACCAGCCAGUGUGAGCUGACCGUCGGGAACUCGGCAGGAGACUUCACCUGCGUCAACCUGAGAGACAGCCCUCCUCACCUGCUGGUGUGUGGGAACAAAGACAGGCGAGUGAGAGUGUUUGACUUGCGUACUGGCUCCUCAGUCGUCUCUUUAUAUGCCCAUCACAUGGGCGUGACCACCGUCCAGGCAGAUGAUUGGAAGGUUGUGAGCGGAGGUGGCGAGGGAUUGGUCAGUGUGUGGGAGAUGAGGAUAGGAGCCAAACUCUGGGAAAUGCAUAACAGGCACCCGGUUCGCCACAUACGGUUCAACAGCAGCACUCUGGUGACGGCCAACAUCCCUGAUGAGAAGAACCCUCGCGGGGCUUGUAUCACAGACGAUGACCUCACCGCUCACCGCAGAUACAGAGGGCUGAUCUGUCACUACGACUUCUCAAUGGACUCAUCUACACAGGAUCACAUUCUGCCCAUCUGUAGGUCCAACUACACAGAGUCCUCUGGCUACAGCUAUAACAUUGGCUUGGCGAUGCCUUAUGACAUACUGAAGGGCCCUUAGAUUGGCAUCUGAUACACUGUGCUUUUGGGGCAAGUUGGACUGGAAAGAUUGAAUUUGCUAUUUUAAGAUGAUCUGGGGGCAUAUUUCUUAAAGCUAAUUCUUUAUUUAACCAUAAUUUGUGUAAAUUCAAAACUUUGGAUGACACAUUAAGAUGUGUUUGAGGACUAGAAUUACUAGAUCUUUGUUUUUAUAAAUUGUAUCAUGUUCUGUCCUUGCACAUUUUAGCAUAUAAUACUAUUAAAUUAUCAUCUGAGAAGAUGAAAUACAAUCAUACAACAUUAA